CUUCUUCCCACCCGUUUCCACAAGCGGUGCUCAGCCAUCGGGCCAACGAUGUGUUUGUAGUUUAGCUAAGUCGAAGUUACACCUCAACGUCGAAACCGUUGUAUCUGGCAGACCCCGCUGUCCUCCGUGUCCGCUGCGCUAAAGCAAGACUUUCUGCUUUCUGCAACGGGUCGUCCUCGGGGAGAAAGAGCGCCUACCGGGGUUCAGUGCGGAAAAAAAAGAAAAAGACAGGGUGGUGGAGAAGUGGACCGAGCGAAGUCGGGCGUGGUAGCAAGAGAAAAAAAAACUCAUCUUUGUUAGCAGAACUUCAAACAGUAGCAUCCAUAAUGUCGCUGUCGGUACCGCAGAACGGAGUAAAGGGGGAUAACGAACCCGUUAUCGAGCUGUUUGUGAAGGCGGGAAGUGAUGGAGAGAGCAUCGGGAACUGCCCCUUCUCUCAGCGGCUCUUCAUGAUCCUGUGGCUUAAAGGAGUCGUCUUCAAUGUCACCACAGUGGACCUCAAAAGGAAGCCAGCAGACCUCCAGAACCUGGCCCCCGGCACACACCCACCCUUCAUUACCUUCAACGGGGAGGUCAGAACUGAUGUCAACAAGAUCGAGGAGUUCCUUGAGGAUGUCCUCUGCCCACCCAAGUUCAUCAAGCUUGGUGCAAGACACCCUGAGUCAAACACAGCUGGUAUGGACAUCUUUGCCAAGUUUUCAGCGUACAUCAAGAACUCAAAACCUGAUGGAAAUGAGGCUCUGGAGCGCGGGUUGCUGAAGACACUGCAGAAGCUGGAUGAGUAUCUUCGCUCACCACUGCCUGACGAGAUCGACCACAACAGCAUCGAGGACGUCAAGGUCUCCAACCGCAAGUUCCUGGAUGGCGAUGAAAUGACUCUGGCCGACUGCAACCUGCUGCCCAAGCUGCAUAUAGUUAAGGUGGUAGCCAAGAAGUACAGAGGUUUCGACAUCCCCAAAGAGAUGACCGCCAUCUGGAAGUACCUGAACAAUGCCUACACACGCGAAGAGUUCACCAACACCUGUCCCAGUGACAAGGAGAUCGAGAUUGCCUACGCAGACGUAGCAAAGAGGCUGGUCAAAUAAGCCCCUCUGUCCCUCCAUUCGUCACCCUGUAACCUCCCUCUCCACACUCCCCUACACCCCUCUCUCCUCAGCAUCGGGACUGAUGUGCUCAUUCACGAGAAAGAAAAAAAAAAAACAAACAAACUCUGGACUUCUUUUCCUUCUCUCCUCAUACAGAGCCCCCCCCCCCCCCCCCCCCCCCCGCCCCCCCAUGCAUGAGCCCUUCUCGAUCUCUUUUUUUUUUUCCCCCUUCUCUAAGAUUUUUAUGAUGAUCUCCUUGGUUGGUACAGCAGAGGUCACAGUUGUUCCAUCUUGAAUUGCUUUUGUUUUUUUUCAUUUGCUGAUGAAUGUUGUGAGGAGUUGUGAGAUGGCGAGGUGACGGAGAAGCAGGCAGACGUGUAAUCAGUGCUUAACCAUGUCGGGAGCCUCAUCAAACACACACUCCCUGAUAAGUGACCUUCAAGCUGACCUUCUCUCUGCGCCAAGGGGAGGAGGUCAUGAGCUGUUGUUCAUUUUCUGUUGUCUGGUUAAUAUCGAAGUCGCUCUUUGUAGGUUUGCUAUAAAAAUGAAACACUGAGAAGCUGUUUUUUUUUGUUUUGUUUGAUUUUUUUUUUUUUCCUGUCUUUUGGCUUAUUAAGAGGCGUUGUAAACAGUGUUUAUGCUUCAGUGUUGUUCGCUCAAGUAUUUGACAGGUUGAAGUAGAAGCUGAAGCUAAUCUAAACCUGAGUGGUUGACAUAUCAAGUAAGAGAUGCUUUAUUUUAAUGUUGAGCUGUUUAAAAUAAAUCAGAAAUAAUUGUAACUGCAGGUAAAGCUACCUGGUAUCCAUGCUCUGAUUUCCUCAUUGCCUCAAACGGGCAAAAGUCUUGUAGCUCAGCUCAGUAGAAUUGUAGGAAAAGUUCAUGUACCGGCUGUAGAAGUAACAACUCAGGAAAAGCAUAACCUGAGAUUUAAAACAAAUAUUCAACCAUAUGUAGCUUACAGACAUGUUCAAGGAUGUAUAGAUGUCUAGACUGGCCUUUUAUAAGUCACCACAUUGCCAUGGGAAAUGUCAAUUCAGACGAUAGCUGACUCUUUCGUUUCUUAUAACACAUGAAGGAAAGUCUCCACUUCGGUCGUGCUGACUGUAGCGUUAGUAGCUUGGAUUACACAUCGCAGACCAAAAAGGGGCACAUUAUUCUGGUUUCACUGUGGAUAAGAUGACACCGGCCAUAUAAACUAGUGAAGUCAAAAAAAAAGAAAGAAAAGAAACCACACACUCUGACCGUCUAUUUCUCCGUCGCACACAGAAUGAAGGACACUAAUGUGCGGU